CCUAGUAAUGUGCAGAUAGCGGCAAAAUGGACGGGUUGUCGAAAAAGAAUGAGAAGUUAGAAGUGCCAGAGGAGGAAGAAGUCGAUCCCAGAAUUCAGGGAGAACUUGAGAAGCUGAACCAGUCGACAGAUGCUAUUAAUCGUCAAGAAACUGAACUAGAGGAAGCUCGGCAGAAGUUUCGAACUGUUUUAGUUGAAGCUACUGUGAAGCUCGAUGAAGCCAGUAAGAAGGUGGGAAAAGCUGUAGAUGAUUCCAAGCCUUACUGGGAAGCCAGGCGAGUUACACGACUGGCACAGUUGGAGGCCCAGAAGGCUACUCAGGAUUUUCAAAGAGCCACUGAGGUGUUGCGGGCAGCCAAAGAGACCAUUUCUCUGGCUGAACAGAGGUUGCUGGAAGAUGAGGAACGGCAGUUUGAUUCAGCAUGGCAAGAGAUGCUUAAUCAUGCAACACAGCGGGUCAUGGAAGCAGAACAGACCAAGACGAGGAGUGAACUGUUACACAAAGACACAGCUAUGAAGUACAACGCAGCAAUGAGCAGGAUGAAGCAAUUGGAGAAGAAACUAAAACGAGCCAUAAAUAAAUCCAAACCUUAUUUUGAACUCAAAGGAAAAUAUUACCUGCAGCUGGAGCAACUAAAGAAAAAUGUAGAUGAGCUACAGGCCAAGCUGUCAGCAGCCAAAGGGCAGUACAAAGCUGCCUUGAAGAACCUAGAGAUGAUCUCUGAUGAGAUUCAUGAAAGGAGACGCUCCAAUAUGAUGGGACCCAGGGGGAGAGGAGUUGGUGCUGAAGGAAAUGAAAACUCUCUGGAAGAUCUAUCUAGUUUGAAGACUGAACCUGAUGAAUUGUCUAUGACAUCUGAAAUAUUUGAAGAUGAUAACUGCGGCAGCCCUGUCUCUGAAGAUUCGGAGAGCCAGUCUGAGUUUAGUUUGAGCUCCAGUCCAACCAGUCCCUUAGACCUCCCAACUGUUUUCCCUCCAGGAAAUCGUCCCCCCAGCUUGGAACUGUUGAGUCCUGUGUCUGAGUGUGCCAUGGGCUCUCCCAUUCUGGGGCCUCGCAGCGAAUGCAGUGGAGCCUCAUCUCCUGAAUGUGAUGCUGAGAAAGGGGACAGGGCUGAAGGUGUUGAAAAUGAAAAGGACAAACUAAUUACUCAACAGUCCAUUGAUGAAUCAACCCUGGAGAUCAGAGUAACUCAAAUUUCAGUCAAGUGCACAGAGCCAAAGGAGAAGAGAAUUUCAGAAAUAAAGAUCUGUGAAUUGGCUGAGUCACCGACCUGUUAAAUAUUGUGAAGCGACAUCCUAAAUGUGCCAGGAAACAUUGCGUCACCGACUUAUUCGCUCGCAGACAUGGUCUUGGCCUUUUAAUUGCUGUCUAACUGCUGCGCUGAAAGGUUCCUCUAAAGAGUGGCUGGUGUUCAUAACUGGAAAAAGGAAACUACGGGAGUAGUUCUUGGUUGAAAAUUAAUGGGAUAUCUGCAAGGUCUGUAGUUAGCGGUCUGAUUCCAGACUGGAGGCAAAGUAGCAGUAACCAAUUUUGUGCUGUUGAACUGGAUGUUAAGUAAGAUCCUUGUCUGCUUUGUUCCCCAACUGAUGACCUGCUUACAUGUGGCAGAGGUGGAGCUCAAAUCAGCAGAAAGUCCUGCUUUGCUCCACUUAUACUCUGUGCUGCAUCCAUGUGCACCACUUCAUUGUGUCCUCUUCAAUGUUGACGCCUGCCAUAUCCCCAUGUGCCACGAUAUGCUCGCUGCAUCGAGCGUUCGAUCUCUCUUUGUGGCAAUCUUGGUUGUCAUGUCCUGUUGAAAAUCAGACCUUAAGGACCUUUCCAUGUUUCCUGUUAUUCAGAAAGACUUGCAACAAAAAAAAAGGAAAUUGCCAAGGGUGCUUCACUUCCUGCACUGUUACUAAUAGUGAAACAACACAGUUUAGUAGCUUGAAAGGUUGGAUUCCACCUCUGCUCCUUCACAAUCUCCUGACUACACAGAAGGAAACAGACUAUUUGGGAAGACAUGCAGCCAGCCUUUGCUAUGGAGUGGAAUGUUGGCUCAUGAGGUGGAUGAAUUUUCAGUGUCACGUUCUGUUUCUUUUUACAGCCAACCAUUCGUGCCAAUCCAAAUGCACUACAUGCAUGAACAGGUUUUGCUGCUGUGCAGGCAACAGAAUAGGGUCCUGAACUGGGGGGAAUCCAAAUUGUAAAAUCAGUUCCUGUAUCUUAGCACAGGAAACACCCAACCCAAUUUGCCCAAGCCUCUGUUUCUGACUUCAGAGGCGUGCAAAUAGUGACUAAUGGCAAAGCCUGCAUGCCUUAUGUUUUAAACAUUAUCAAUCACAUAUGUUGUAGUCUUUAGACAUUGUUUUCAGUGUUACAUUUUUUUGUUCGUGUUGUAAUAAGAGUUGUCUAUGCACUUAACUAUUUUAUAGAUUUUGUCAUUUAUGAACUUGGCUUGUAAGUCUGUACAUUCUGAAUACAUAUACAGCUCCUCA